AUGUCUCGUCGGUCAGCCCUUACUCAUUUGAAUGGGAAUCUUCCUGGAGAAGAAGGCCCCGGAGGCCGCACCGCCGGUCAGGCACCGGCCGUAGUAUCAGAGCGUCCUUCUGAAAGAGCCCGCCGGGCUAUGAACCCCGCUCGGCGUGGUGAAAACUCAUCUAUUCUGGUUGAAUCUGAAGUAGAUGAUUGUCAAGUGCUCCGACGACUAGAAAGACUCUACGUAGAACAAGCCCACUGGAAUGGGCCGGCUAUCAGAGCACCUGAUCCAAAUCCCAGCAGGCCGUCUGCUGCCGGUCGACGGGCUGUUCCCCGAGUUGGGUUGAUCCUCACAUACCGCUACCUUCCAGUUUUGACUCCGAUUGAAGAUCUCGUCGCCCGUCUCUCUGCUCGACAACGCUCGCUGGUCCUCCAAUACUUUGGUAUCAUCGACUGUAUAUUCUCCCGACUGGUCGUUGGGCCCACGGAGCAAAACACGCCGAAGGAUCAGCACCCUCGGGAGGCCCGAGCCGACGGAGAAAUCGAUCUUGCUAUCAAACAGUUGAAGGCUUUGGACCCCCUCCGCUUCCAACAUUUCCGCCAGAAUCUGCGCGACGACCUCCAUGAUUUGCGGCUCCAUUCGAUGUAUUCCGCUGAUCGACGAGCCGCAUUAGACGUCCUCUUGGACCGACUCGGACUCACCCACUUGUCCGAAUUGUUGCCCAAUCACCCCCAUCGUGCAACCCCUCAUUGCUCCCUUUGCUUCAUGAAAUACCCGCCAGAUACCUCCGCCGUCGUCCUUCCUUGCAAUCCGACUCAUCACUUUCAUCCCAUCUGCAUCCACCGUCAAUUGCGCAAAAGGCCCUUUUGUCCUAUCUGUGAGACACGCACCUUGAUUCCCCGAGAUUAUUAA